AUGACGGCAGCGCUUCGUGCACCGCUGCGGGCCUUUGCCAGUCCCGCGACGGUCAUCGGGCCAUCGUGCAAAGCAUCGAUUUCCGCUUCCGCUGGCGCAUCGUUCCACACAUACUUGAAGCCAGCCAUACAUGAUUCGCAAGCGUUUUCGAAGUCAAGAGUAUCAUGGAAGUCCCAACGAUCUUCCGGUAUCCUGAGUCGGCCCUCGACGAAUUCGUUUUCGACCAACCGCUUCGCUCUUUUUCCCGCGGAGUCUAGCUCAAUAGACACGAUAUCGGCUCCGCGCUCGAGACCGGCGCAGCGAAGGUACCUGAAGUAUCUUGCUGUACUAGGACUGCUCGGUGUAGGAGGACUUGUGUACUCGGAUGAAGUGAAACACAUCUAUAAUGCGGCGAGGAGGAGUGGUCGCGUGCUUGGGGCUCUUGCCGUCUGCAUCAACGAUUACCGUGUUACUCUCAAACAGGCCGGCGUUGCAUCGCCUGAAGACUACGAUGCCCUGAUUCGCGCAUGCCAUCAGCGCUGUGCAAAUCGAACACUUCGUGUACUGGAACAGAAUGGCUCGAUCUUCAUCAAGCUAGGACAACACCUGAGUAGCAUGGGCUAUCUACUACCUAUCGAAUGGACCUCGACUUUUAUCCCACUGCAGGACAAGUGCCCUGUCUCAUCUAUCGAGGCAGUUGAAGAGAUGUUUGUCACAGACACUGGCCAGCGCAUCGACGAACUGUUCAGCUCUUUCGAUCCGACCCCGAUUGGAGCGGCUUCGCUUGCCCAGGUUCAUCUUGCUACACUGAAGGAAAAUGGCCAAAAGGUUGCGGUCAAGGUGCAGCACCCUGCUCUCGCCGAGUGGGUGCCGCUUGACUUGUCUCUAACCCGGUUCACAUUCUCAAUGCUGAAGCGGUUCUUCCCAGAGUACGACCUCGAGUGGUUAUCGCGUGAGAUGGAUGAAUCUUUGCCUGUAGAAUUGGACUUUCGGAUGGAGGCUCAGAAUGCCACUGCAGCUAACGAGUACUUUAAAAAGCACUCCGAUGCGCCACUCGUGAUUCCCGAGGUGAUGUGGUCCCAAAAGCGCAUUCUCGUUAUGGAGUGCAUUUCAGGCCGCCGACCAGACGAUCUCGAAUAUCUUGAUGCCAACAACAUUGACCGGGACGAAGUCUCGGCUGCUUUUGCUCACAUCUUCAAUGAAAUGAUCUUUGGUGACGGGGCUCCGCUUCAUUGCGACCCUCAUGGCGGUAACAUCGCCAUUCGGCCGAACCCCAACCGUAGCCAUCCCAACUUCGACAUCAUUCUGUACGAUCACGGUCUUUACCGUAUGAUCGAUCGAGACCUGCGUCGCAACUACGCCAAGCUGUGGCUCGCUGUCCUUGAUGCCGACGUCCCACGGAUGCGCGAGUAUGCCUACAAGGUCGCAGGUGUCACAGAUGAACAUUUCCCACUCUUCGCCAGUGCCAUCACCGGCCGUGACUUUACCGUCCUGACGCAGAAGAAUGUUGCUUCUACCCGGACAGACGAUGAGAAGAAGGAGAUCACCGGAGCCCUGGGCGAAGGCAUGUUGCAGCAGCUUGUUGUGUUGUUGGGUCAAGUACCCCGAAUCAUCCUUUUAAUUUUGAAGACCAAUGACCUGAGUGAGUCGUCCUCCUUCCAGACGCCCAAUUUUCCCGUCUAUAAUUCCCAUGCUAACAGUCUGCUUCCCUUGCCUUUGUCAUUUCUAGCCCGGAGUCUUGACGAGAAUCUCCACACACGCCAGGGCCCCAUGCGAACAUUCUUGAUCCUGGCCCGAUACGCCACUCGUACCGUCUUUGAAGAACAGAUGGAAAUCAUUCGCAACUCAGGCGGCAUUUUCCUGAAUUUCUUCCAGUACCUUUCUGCGUGGGCUGGAUAUCUUCGUGUUGAAGCGAGAUUGUCCGUUUAUGAGACCCUCUUAUCUGUGAAAAGCAGACUCGGUCUGCAAACUGCGUUGUAG